GUGACCGUCACGUGAACACUCCGCUCAUGUGACCAGGGAGAGAGCGAGUCAAAACAGGAACAAAAUGGCAGCAAUCGGGGACGAAGCCUCUGCCAUGGACAACAUCGCCAGGGCUCCAGCGGCUCAGUCGGCGGCUCUGAAUCCGGCCUCGAGCGGCGGCGGCGGCAGCGGCAGCGGCAGCAGCAGUCACGUGGAAGCCCCGGAGGAGGCAGCGGCCACCCCGCCGGUCGCUCCCAAGAAGCCGCACACCAACAGUGAUGGAGGCGUGGAGACAGCAGAGGAGGCUGUGGAGCCCGCAGAGCCCGAUAUCAAUGAGUUGUGCACUGACAUGUUUGAAAAGAUGGCCAUCUUCCUGCAAGGAGAACUCACAGCCACCUGCGAGGAUUACCGCCUGUUGGAGAACAUGAACAAGUUAACCAGUCUCAAGUACAUGGAAAUGAAAGACAUCAGCAUCAAUAUCAGCCGUAACCUGCAGGAUCUCAACAACAAGUAUGCGAGCCUACAGCCCUACUUGGACCAAAUAAAUCAGAUCGAGGAGCAAGUGUCUUCACUUGAACAAGCUGCUUACAAACUGGAUGGGUAUUCCAAAAAGCUGGAGGCCAGAUUCAAAAAACUGGAGAAGCGAUGAGGAGAAGGAAAUGGCAGAUUUGGGAGUUAUGGUGCCUUCUCACCUUCUUUCACCCUGCCCUUGCCUUAGUCCUUCACUAAAGCUGCGCACAGGAUGUUAAGUGAGACUGAAACAACAAACACUUGGAGCCAUUUUAACACUUGGAUCGACCAAGGAGGAUGCAGCUGAACGCGGAUGAAUUAGUGCCGCAGUGCUUUACUCAGAUUGAACUCCACUAUCGAUGUUUUUUUGCAACAGUUGUGCAGCCAAGACGUACGUGGGAAUGUACAGUGUGUAUCCACGUUACUUUGCAGAUACACCGUAUGCUGAAUAAAUCUGCUCAACGAACAGCAAAUCAUAAUUGAGUGGUGGAAUCAGUGUACUAAUCUAUUAAUAAUCAAACACUGCAAGUUGGCAGGCACAUGUACCAGUACAGUAUGUAAUGAAAUUUGUCAAUUGUAGAUCAUUUACAUGAGGAAGCAUGCUCAUAGAUUUGCUUAAAUGAUGUCCCAGCCCUCCUAAUUAUUUCAGACAACUAACAGAGAACUCGACUCAGCAAUGGUAUCCUGAAACCUACAUCCAUCCAUUAUUGUUACAGAUUCAUUUCCCUGAGCAAUGUGUGAAUAGCUCCACGUUCUGCUAAAGUUAUUGAGAGAUUACAGUUUAAAAGCUACUGUGUAGAGGGCAGCUGAAAAUCACACUAGCUUUGUAGAGAGAAUUUUAAGUUUUGUUAUUUAAAAAAAAAGACAGACAUUUGAUAUGGGUGAACUAUUGUAUUUUUUUUGUAUUUGGUGAUACUGUCACUGAAAACUAAAUGAAAUAAAUUAUGAUGUGCA